CAGUCGCGCUCCGAGCGUCAUACAUCGAGCACGUCGGGGGCGCCGCGCCGACCCGCAGCGUGCCACUGUUGUGUCAGACCAACGAGCCAGCUCGGAGCAACGUUCCGGCGCAAUAAUGGCUCUCAAUUCGGACGGUGAACAGAAAUCGAACCUGGUCCUUCGCGUGGACCAGGACUCCGACUCGGUUCUGCAAUCCUUGUUCGACACAGUGCUCAAACCGGACUCGAAACGACCGCUACAGGUGCCUCUGCGUAUGCGACAGCUUCCAAAGUCGUUCUUUAACCCGCCAUCGACCGGUUCUAAGUCGCCGUCGGUGUCUCACUCGCGAGAGAACUCGGCUGACUCCGCGUUCGGGUCGUCGUCUGCCACAGGCUCGGCUCCAAUAUCUCACUCCAGAGCGCACUCCUCGCCUGCCAGCCUGCAGCAGACUUACGCUGCAGGACAGCAGAAUCAGCAACCGCCUUUGCACCACCAGCACUCCAAACAGAGAUCGUAUGAUGUCGCAUCUCAUAUUGCUGAUGAACUGGGCCCAUUGCCAGCGGGGUGGGAACAGGCGAGGACUCCAGAGGGACAAAUUUACUAUCUAAAUCACAUAACUAAAACCACCACUUGGGAGGACCCACGCAAGACAUUAGCCGCUCAGACAGUUGCCAGCGGGGUGCAGCAUCAGAGUGCAGAGACGCUUCUGACACAGAACGCACCAGCUCACAAUAUAGCUGCAACAACCACAGCACCGAAGAACACAAGCAGUAAUUCGACAAGUGAUCCCCUAGGCCCCCUACCAGAAGGUUGGGAACAAGCGACCACACCUGAAGGAGAGAUUUAUUUUAUUAAUCACGCCGCCCGCACAACAUCCUGGUUCGAUCCUAGAAUACCUCAACACUUACAACGUACGCCAGCAGCAAGCGCUGGUGUCGCGGGCGGCGGAUGGGCUAACGCUUCGGUACAAGCUUGCCAGCAGAAACUACGUCUGCAGUCCUUGCAGCUCGAGAGAGAGCGACUUAAACAACGUCAGCAGGAGAUACGGCUCCAGCAAGAGCUGAUGGCGCGGCAGUCAUCGUCGAUCGUGUCUUCCCUGGCGAGCAGCACAGGAGCAGCAACUACAGACUUAUCUCUCGACCCGUUCCUUCCGGGCCUGAACGACCACCAGCGACAGGAGUCAGCCGACAGUGGGCUUGGCAUGGCAGUGACGCAGUCAUAUUCCAUGCCUCACACUCCCGAGGGCUUCCUCGGCAUGGAUGAUCGUAUGGACUGCACCAGUGAGUCUGGCGCGAAUCUCGACAAUGAUAUUACUCUUGGUGAUACUGACGAUUUGUUGGGCGAAUUUACAAAUGACAUAUUACUGGACGAUGUGCAGUCCUUAAUAAACUCUACUCCGAAUAAGCCGGAUAACGUGUUGACCUGGCUUUAAGGCACAAGGAAAAUGCCCUUUGCAUGCGCACAAGCCACGAACUACGUAUUAAGGCUUAGACAGACGCCUGCACCAAGUGAAUAGGCCAACAUAUGAACGACAGUGACAAUAAAUUGUGCUUCAAAAACGUAAAUUAAAGGAUAAAUAUUACGUUUGGACAUAUUUAUAAGCACGGGAAAUUAAAUGUAAUAGGCUCAUUUUCAAAAUGUAAUGGACAUGCGAGAAUAUUAUUUGGCUGAGGCUACUCAUGUAUUACUAAAAACUCAUAAUCAUCUCUGCAUUUAUUCGAUCGAGAUGUGACUAAACGAAUACUUACGAUGUUUUGCGUCUAUGUCAGCUAUGGUUUAAGCAUUAUUCGUGUGGAUUAACAUAUUUCGUGCAUUGAUUGUCAAUACGGAUUAAUGUUGGUGGGUUCAUAUUUGUUCAUUUUCAAUCAGUAUCAUGCAUUUUGACACGGUCUUGUAAUAAUUGAUUUUGGGUUUAAGUUGUCUUAUUAGUAUUAGUCUGGUGUAAUUUACUCUAGAAGAUGUUUCACUUCAGACCCAAUGACUGGUGCUUGAAAUACCACUUUAGUGGGCUUUUAGAGACCCCUCAAACUGCAGACUUUUGAUCGGCCGAUAGUUUGGUUGGUUUCUUAAUCAGUAUGAGAGUGCGCACAUUAUAACGAUUCGGUAUUGGCCGACAAAAAAGUUUGAUGGGCUACACGAUUGGCUUCAAACUGAACCGUCAGCAAACUAUCGGCUGACUGUUAAAUCAGUACAGCGCUCUUCUAGGCGCGCAAACCACCGAUUGUUUAGUCGACAGACUGAUCAAUAGCCGACUUAAAACUAAUAGCGAAACGUCCCUAAAACUGUCGGCCGAUAGUUGUCUAGUGUGCGCACUCAUCACAGACCCAACUGUUUAGUCGGGCCAGUGUGCGCACUUAACAGUCGUACUCAACCAAACUAUCGGCCGAUAGAAAGUCUGCAGUUUGCGGGGUCUCUUAGUAAAUUAUAUUUAAACAUUGUGAAUUCUAAACUACAAUGUUAGUACGUGUAUAAUUGCAAAAACUGAUAUUUGACCAGAUGUAUAUUACAAUUACUGUCUUACGUAAACUAUGCUUGAUGAAAUUAAAUUGCAUACUGAUAAAUAUGAACUUACCAAAAAGUAAAUGCUAGGGCAUUUUGAUUACCAUGUCGAUCUUUCAAGACUGUGUGUUGUGGAACUAAUAAAUUAUUAAAUGCUAAAUAAAUUGCGUAUUUAGCCACAACAAUAAAUCAUGGCUAGUCAAAUGUAAAUAAUUAGGACUGCCAAAUACCUGGGCGCCAGGAAGCGACAAACUUUAUCGCAUACCUUCUUUCAUCGCGAAAGAAGCAAUAUGUCUUCCAGAUUCAUUAGCACGCAAGGUUUCCCUCAUUCUUUCCUUUUCAAGAAUUUCGGAAAGCCUCGUUCAUAGACUAGACUAAUAUAACAUGUAUUGAUAUUGACAAAAUAUAAGAUUAACGAUGAAACUACAAUUGUGAUAACAUCUCGACAUAACAGUGCCUUAUUGUGCCUUUAAAUAAUUGUGUAUUUAUUGUGUUAUGUUAUUAAGGUAAUUUUAAAAAUAUAUUUCUACACUUUUUUAUCGUUAGAUCUACAUACAUCGAUUUUCUACAUUGUAUAAUGUUUUUAGGUUAUAAUUAAAUUUUUAUGAUGUGAAUGUGUUUUAGUAAUGUUUUUUUUAUCUACUUACACCGUCCUUGUGUAUUUUCGAGAUUAUAAAUUAGAUUAGAACGUGAAUUUCAGUACUGGUUAUUCGCGAUGUAGUUAGUAAUAUCGGCAUCUAUUAGUUAUAAUUAUUGUUUGGAAGUGGAAAGUGCCUUAGUAAUGUGUGCGAGCGAAGGUGACGCUGGCAAUGUAACAAUAAGAAAUAUCUAAAAUAAAGUUGUUACAUUAUUUUAUCUUUGAUAACGAUAAUUUGCGUGUGUGUCUUUAUUCGUAAGAUAACCGAACAGUUUGCAAACGCUGCCGUAAGCAACGUGGCUCUAAGUGCAAUAAUAAAAUGGAGUAAUGGCAAAAAUAUCUUUUAUAUUCGCCUUUUGUUUGUGCGGUAUUGUUAUAAAUUCUAUUUGUUUCAAAACUACUUAAAUAUACGCACAAUAUCUGAUUUAAUUUGAAAUGUUUGUAACUUGACGAUGGAAAUGUUCAUUAAUAAUUUUAAAAGCCCACCUAGUCCUUAAUUUGUGUCAAUUCAAAUAAGGCCUAUUAUUUAAAAAUACUACAUUGAAAACUUUGCCAUAUUAGUAAAUGUACUUUAUUCUCGUAAGACUUAAAUGUAAUCUUCAUUUAUGUUAAAUAGUGUUUAAUGUCAACUGUAUUAAGUUGGCUACACACGGCAGGACCGCCUAUAUUUUGAACGAAACGACGAUAUAUUGAAGACUACUAGUAUUCUUCAUCGAAAUCACGAAUCGAAUGCCAAUGGAUUUAACAAGUACAUUGAAUUAAUAUCGCCAUUUGAAAGCCUACCAUGUUUAAUACUUAAUAUUCGUAAAACAUGGCUAAUGGUGGCUUGUUGCCGUGUGAAGCAUUUCUGUCUAUUUUAAUUAGCUGUAAUGGUGCUGGGAUAAUUUUACAUUUAAUUUUGUACUCUGUAGUUGCCUACGCUGUAUUUUAUUGUAUUUGUCGUGUAUUCUUGUAUUUUGUAGGUUAUAGUGCUUUUCAUAUUGUUCAGUUCAUUAUUCUGCAAUCAGUUUCUUACCUGCUUCUUUAGUUUUAAUUGUAUCUAAUAAGAGUAUGUAUGACACCCUGUCAUAUAUUAUUUUGGUUACAUUUUGUGUAUUAUUAGUAAUAAUACGAGAAAGCCAAAAUCGAGAGGCAUUAUUAUCUAGUGAAGUUCUAUUCACUUUCAGCUUCGUUCACAAGAAUCAAACUUCAGGCCUCGAAAAAUAACAACUGUUCUCGUUUUUAAUAAAAAAUACGAUUGUAUCAGUUGCCUAAAAAAUAAAAAUGAAGUGUUAUUUUAUUAAACAGUUGAUAAAAUUACAUAGAUUUGUCUGUCUGCGACAUAAUACAAACAUUCCACGUUGCUUCCUUGCUCGCCGUGCCUGAUCCGACGUUCGAUAGUGUGCAACCGGCUUAAGGAAUAAUUUUCAGAACAAUAUUUCAAGUAUUGCACACGGCACAAUAUAUCACAAGUACUUAUGUGUACUUAAAUAGCCUUUUAUUAUAUUUUUAUAGUAAGGUCCCUAUUUGCAGAUGCGUUUUUGUGGAUUGAAGUACUAUUUACUAUUUUUAAUAGGCGCCUUUAUUAGGUGUAAAAAUGACACAAAACCGCAUCUGCGUGUGAGUGUCCUAAACCAAAUUAAAAGGAUAAUAAAAUAUCAUUAAAUACAUUUUCAAAUUAUUUCUUGAAUUGCACAAUGUUGUUGAAAGUUCGUAAAACAUUUACGAAUUAGAAAAUAAAACAAGAACUCAAAUGUUGACGAACAUUUAAUAACAAAUUAUUCAACAUCUCAUAUUAUUUUACAAACAUUUUCGCCGACAUGCAAGUUUUCAUUGUAGUGUAUGUGACGUAUCAAUGUUAUAACAAUGAAAUUAUAAUCAUCGUCCCCUGUAAUCUAUACAGUAAUUUAAUUAUAUUAUAAAACUCAAAAUUCUUAUUAAUAAAUAAAUAUUUGUUUUAAUAUCAA